CUCAAACCUGGUUUCGGGGACUGCUGGGAUUCCAAGGCUUGUUUUAUUCUGCAGCUGCUAGAACUUGCUGCGAGAAAGAGAAGAGGGGAGCUGCACCCGGCUGUCUGCAGUGGGGAAUUCAAUACAAUUAUCACGUUCUCAAUGUGAAACGGGAUUAAUUUUUUAUUUUUUUUUUUUAACACAACCAAAUACACUUUGUUUCCUCCCCUUCUCUUUUUCUGCACCCGCAGUGGUCAUGCUGCAGACAGCCUGCAGGAGUCCUGAGCUGCUGGUCAAUCAAAACAUCAGUGAGAAUGAAACCUGUUCCUACAGCCCAGGCCACGGAUCUCCACUGCCUGCAGAAACUGCCAGUCCCAAAAGCUACUUUCAACAGAGCCCAUCGCUGCCAGACUCUGGAUUAACUGAACUUAAUGUUGCAAGUCCCAAGAUCUACCCUCCUCCUCCUCAGAAACCUCAGGAGAUGUCUGCUCCCACUGACUCUGCACAUAGCUCUGACCCCCCUCAGAAGCGCUACAUGGGUGUGAGAGUAAAGAUGCCAGUACGGGAAUUACUGAGAAAGAUUCGGCUCUCCAAAGGCCUGGACCCAGCCCACGGCAAGGAAGCCUGCUUAAUGAAGAUGGUAGCCAAAGGAUCCUCGGGAAAAACAGCAGAAAAGAGAAGAGUUCACCCUUAUACAGAGAAACAGCUUAGACAGAGCAAGCAGAGCGCUGGGCAAACACUGAAAGGCUUAGAGGACCUUGAUAUCCUGGUGGAGGUACUGCAGGAAGACUUGAACAAAAGCCAGUUGAAGAAGGGAUCUCUGCAUUCGGCGCCAGAGGGCUUUUGGCAAGGCUUCUCCACGGAUCUGCAAGGCUCCUGGUGGGAAACUGGAGGGAGCAAGCAGGCAGCUGGUGGCCCACAGGAAAGAUGCCACAGCUUAACCAAGCUGCGUUCGCACUGCUGUUUUAAAGAUUUUAACUCAGUGCCACGGGGAGAGGUAGAGACAUCUUUUCAUGGUGACCAGAAAACCACGCGAGAGUUCUACUCGCCAGGAAUAUUCUCAAGGACAAGAGAGAAAGAGAGUAGCUGUUGGAUACAGGAUGUGUGUUCCCAAAGAGAGUUUUCAAGGCGUUGUUCACAGGACACACUGUCCACGGAAGAGUGUCCAGGGGUGCUUCUGGAAGCCAACACAGGCUCCUCAGACACUGAGGGCCAUGUGAAAUCAAUUGCGGCUCCUUUCACACAGCAGGAUCUCUCCGCCAUCUCUUUCUUCCAGUUCCAGCUACACAGGGAAGAAAGUUUGCUGAGAAAUAUCCCAGCGGACAAACUGCUCGCGCCUGACGAAAAUGGCAACAGGCUGCUGCACAAGGCUGUUGCUCAGGGAAGAAGAGCUCUGACUUACGCUCUUGCACAGAGAUUCGCGUUCCUGAAUAAGAUCAACGAGAAGGAUGCAGAGGAACGGACUGCGUUACAUCUCGCUGCAGAAAAGAACCAACACCUGAUGGUGAGUGACCUGAUAUCCCUGGGAGCUAAUGUCAAUGAACAGGACAGCUUGGGGAAAACUCCACUCCACCUCUGUGCAGAGAACGGAUAUUUGAGAGUUCUAGAGGUUUUGAAAAACUGCAAAAGCAACGGGGUGUGCGUGGAAGUGGAUCUGAUGGACCAUUAUGGUCUAACCCCGCUGCACUGCGCUGCUCUCGCCCACACUCGCUUAGUUCAGGAAUCUCAAAAAACUGACAUCGAUUCAGACAUGGGACGGUUUUGCAGACUACGCAAAGACCAAAUUCUUGAGGGAAUUAACUGCUUAUUACAGAUGGGAGGGAAGCCCGAGUUACAGGUACUAAAUUCAUGUCCGAUUACCACCACCCAUUUAAAAAUUGAGGAGAACACAGAGCUCAUGAGUUUGCUUCAGACUCAACUUGAGGGACAGAACACUCUUCAAGAGAGUUACAGUUUGCUGAAUGCUCCGAGAACAGUGCCCAGUCCCUCGUCACCGCAUAGCUUCUCUGAACAAUUUUCCACGUCAUCUUCAGAUCUCUUGGACAUCAUUCUUAAAGGGAAGUGCUGACAACGCUCUCACGGUCCGUUUGCUGCAACUGUCGCUGAAGAGCAGAGAACAGACAGUAAAAGUCUUCAAAUGUAUUAUAGCUUGAACUGACUGUUGAAAAUAUCUCCUCAGUACUCAAAGAGCAAAGUAAUAAAUGGGAAAAAGCCUCAGGCCGGGUUCCGACAGCAUUAAGCAUUUGGUGUUGGACACUCCAGUAAAUGAAUAGGUCUUAAUUUUCUCACAAAGUCGGGCACUUGCAUCUCAAUUUUGAAGUCUAUUUGAGUUGUAGGUGUUUGACAUUUGGAAACUCUGAUGAUUUUUAACAUGGGUGCCUCGCUUAAGAAAACAGUCUUUGAUUUUAGCCCUUUGGAGCCCAACGUAAGAUUGGUCUCUACAGUCCAAACUUAACGUUCAGAUGUGCCGACAGCCUCAGGCAAUUGGUAAUUUUCAACAUGAGAUAUGGGUGCUCAGACUCUGUUGGGCUCCCUUGAAAACUUUCUGCAGUCUGGCUCUGAGUUUGUCCGAGGGGGAGUUGUCACACAGUCCUAUCAGGAGAACACACCCAGCCGCUGUUACUGAGCGUGGUUUUUCAACAGAAAUCAAGCUCUUUAUUUAUGCAAUCAGAAUUUGCCACCGAUAGUGGAUUGAAGUCUGGGGCAGAAAGUGUUUUGUAUCAGUUCCUUUCACUCUGGGUGAUCUAACAGAGGAAUAUACCACAUAAAACUUAAGUACAUUAACAACAAUUAACAAUGAUUAGUUUUAAGCCUAGCAAUUUUGCAAGUUAGAAGAAUAAUAAGGAGCUUAAAUUGUUCUAUGCUGCCAGAUAGCCAAGUAAUCAGAAUUCCUAUAAAUUAGAUUAUCAUUGUAGAAAGAAUUCUCUUCCCAGACUUUGUAUCAUUUCAUUUUAUCUUCUGAUUGCGAGUUAGCUGGUUUCUAUGAAACUUCCCUGUUUGCUACCUAUGGAGCAAUCUACAUGUACACACCCUAAAAAUGACCGAUCCGGCAACCGACUCGCAGACGUCCCUCCGAUGGAAAGAAACGGGAGACUUUUCAUGUGUAACCUUUGCUGGAUCCAGUAUUAAAGUACUCCGAAUGUUUGGGAAAUACUUUUUUUUUUUCAUGAACGCUUUGCUUUUUUGUCCUUUAAAUAAAAGGUUACUUUCCUCUUAUUGGAUAUCCUUAACUGUUAGGCUCCAAGAGCUACGUUGCACAAUGCGAUUUAAGUUUUACUGAAAAAUGACAGCGUUUAAAUUAAUUUCUCUGGGAUUUGGACUACAUGUUUUGUUUCUUAUGUCCUGAACUGCUGAAUAGUGGUCUUCUGUAUUUUGUCUCAUCUAAAUGAGACAGGAUAUUAAAAAUUCUUAAGUAUUUUAUGAAAAUAAAUAAAGAAAUUUAAAUCUGUUAUCUACACGAUGGGUUGUAUAACCCUAUGGAAUAUUCAUCCACCUCCUUCUAUAGAUAUCCUCAUGUUCUAAUCAUGUGAAGUCUUUUCAUCCCAGGUUUUACUUGGAAAUACAAAUAUUUUCCUCUUUGAUGACUUUUGUUCCUUACCUCACUACCCAUUCUUCCUUCAUGCUUGCAUUUAACUCAUAUCUGUGACCACAGAACUUUUUGUUCAUUGGAUAGAAUUAACGAGGACCUUUUACGUUAUUCAGCUUCCAUUCGUGUGAUUUAAGGAUCAGAUCCAACACCCAUUGAAAUUAAAACUUCGUUAUUUUCAGUGAAAAUUGACCAAGAAAUUCUGCAUCAUGUACAGAACUGAGAACGAAGCAGUGUGGUGCACAAAGAUAAGCGCAUCAAUAAGCGCUCUGAGUGAAGAAAAAGUAAUUUACUUACAGGAGAUGUUAAAAAAAAGUGUAGAAAACGACUGUGUAAGAAUACAAUAUUUACCAAGCUAUUUUAGUUACACGGAUACCAUUCAGCACAGGAUCCUUAAGCUCUCACUAUGUGUCAUUUCUUCAAUAUACUCAAAGCCGAACCAGCCUGUACAGUAUAUUCUACAGCAGUCAUACAUUAAUUGCAUUGACAGUAGCAGGUACGUUUGACGUGGUUUCAUUGUUCCUUCUUCUCAAUAAACA